CUCGCGCCCGAGCAAACAGGCGGCAUGGAUACCACUAUCGAGGACCACAGAACAGACCUGUACGCCAUUGGUAUCCUCUUCUGGACACUCCUUGUCGGGCGGGGUAUCAUGCCCUUCGAGGGAGGACCCUUGGAGCUUCUGCAUGCAAUCGUGCAGAAGCGGCCGAUGCCCGUGCACGAAGUCCGUCGAGAUGUCCCGCAAGUCCUCGCCUUCAUCAUAGACAAGCUACUUUCCAAAAGUCCAGAUCAUAGAUACCAGAGCGCGGAAGGUUUGAAAGCCGACCUCCUCGAGUGUCAGCGGCGACUUCUAGCCGCUGUCUCGUCUGCUUCUGACUCAUCCAUGGAACUCAUACCAACAUUCGAAAUUGCUACUCAAGAUCGAUAUGCAGAGUUCACUAUCCCUACUAGCUUGUUUGGACGUGAACGAGAGCUGGAGCUGAUCCGGAAUGUGAUCCGGAACGUAUCGACGUCGUAUGCGCGGCAUCACGGCGGUAAGGGAGGCUACAUCGCCCUGAACGCGUCAAGCCCUCAAGGCAGCGAGACACAAAGUCGUCCCGGGCGGAGUGAGGACCAGGGCGAGGCGUCCUCGACGAAGAGCGAGUCGUCGCAGAGUCUCGUGCUGAAUGAAGAGGAGGGGAGCCCGAAGAUGACACCGCCACUCUCUACACAGGCAACGAACACGCAGUUUGACCAGAGCUCGACGAGCACUGCCACGACGAGCAUGAUGAGCCCGCCGAUGACCACCAGCGACGGGUUGAGGAGGGUUGCGCUGACGCCUGCGAGAUCAAAGACAGCUAGGGCUCACACGAUUAUCAUCGUUGGCCCUCCAGGAGCUGGUAAGAGUUCAUUGGUGCUUGCUAACCAAGCAAAGUGGCGAUCGCAUGGGUUGUGGGGUCAGGCCAAAUUCCAGAAUGCGGAUGCUGCACCAUUUUCUGCACUACUAUCGUGUCUCUCCUCUGUCCUGAGGCAAUUGAUGGUAUUUCAUAGCGAUCUUCACCGAUUCGUGGCCGCCUUGAAGGCUCGUUUGGGGCCUCAGCUGCAGAAUGUGCCACUGCUGUAUCAAGGCGCGGACGAACUCCGCGACGUGUUGAGCCUCUUCGACAUCAAUCUCGAGCCUCCUCGCGAGUCUCUGUCGACGAGGGAGCUUCGCGCUCGAUUUCAGUCGCUGGUAGAAAACGUCUUUGUCGUGCUGGCGGAAACCCGGUUAUUCGCGCUGUUUCUUGAUGAUCUUCAUGAAGCAGAUGAAUCGUCCUUGGAUCUCAUCGCGACAUUGAUGAAUUCCAAGAGCCGUAUGCUCAUGUUCGUUACUCUGCGGAACGACAAGACAUACCAAACAACUGUGGCUCGUGUGAAAGCUAUGGCACCGACGGGCUCGCGUACUACUUGGCUGAACCUGGAACCCCUACCAUUCUCUGCUAUCUCCAUCAUGGUUGCUCGUACCCUUCAUCGGCCAAGAGAAGAGUGCGCUCCUCUCGCUAGAGUGGUCCAUUCAGUGUCUGGAGGUAAUGCGUUCUCUGCUCGGAAUGUCCUCACCCAGCUGCACAGGCAGCGGCUCAUCACGUUCGAUUGGGAGCACAAUCACUGGCAGUUCAAUAUGCCCUCCAUUGAAGCUCUCUAUCUGGAUCAGCAUAUCGUCUCUGAUCCCGCGGACCCACUUUUCCUGACGAAACACUUGAGGGAGCUGCCUGAUGAAGCUCGUAGGUUCAUCAUAUGGGCGUCUUUCUUCGGGGCGACGUUCAAAGUGACGGAGGUGGCUCUCCUGAUGGACUGGGAAGAUCCUGGCAGCAGUGGCAGCGGCAGCGAGGACGACGGUGGUGCUGAAGAAUUCACCCCCAUGCCGCGUCCUAAGAGGGAAGGCAGCGUAGGCCCUGCCAACCAUAGCUCUAUUCGCGGAUUGCAGACAGCGAUCCAAGAAGGAUGGCUGGUCCAGCGUGGCCGCGACAUGUGUGCGUUUACCCAUGACCGCUAUAGACAGGCCGCAGAGACAGAAGUCGAGAGCUUGCCAGAGGAAGUGCGAGCUAAGAUGUCCUUCCGGAUCGUCUUAAUGAUGCUUAUGGAGUCCGCGCCUGAUGUCUAUCGCAUCGCAGAGCAUGCGAAGAGGUGCCUCCCUCUUCUGCGAGAGCACGCGAAGCGGGAGGAACUACUCAAUCUCAUGAUCGAGUCAGGAGAUGCUGCCUGGGCACGAGGUGCUCAUGAGUUGGCUCUACAAUCCUUGGUCAGUGCUAGGUCCCUCUUGACAGAUGACGCUUGGGACAGAGAUCCCGCGCGUACCCUGCUUCUAUUCACCCGACUCGCAGCACUCUCGAACUGGAAAGGUGACUUCAAUGAGUCCGAUUCCCUUGUCGAAGAAUGUCUGUCCAAAGCGGAUCAUCCUGAGGACAAGGCGAGGUUACUCCGUCUCCGGUCGCGAAACCACUGGAUGCGGAACAACUUUGAGGGUGCCCUCAAGGACAAUCUCUUGGCCUUGCAUAUAUUAGGGGUUGAAGUGAAUGCAGCGCCGACUCGACGCGAAGCAGAUGCUAUGUUCGAGCAGGUUAAGAACGAAAUCCUAGCCGUGGGCUUCGAUGACAUCCUGGCAAUACCACGUGCGACGGAUCCCCGAACGGACCUCGCUGUCGCAUUGUUGAAUGAUGCUGGCACACACGCGUAUUGGAGUAAGGGGGAGGGGUUUGCUGAUGUGAUUGGACUCACGACUAUUCAGCUGGCGCUAAGGUCGGGGAUGUCGCCCGGCACGUCUUUGGGGUUCUUCUUCGCCCUAGCAGCCGCAGCGGAGAGACGGGAUCUUUACAGGUUUUCUGCCGAUUUAGGCAAGCUGGCGCUCCGCAUCGCGGAUAGAUAUGGCACUAGCCUUGAGAAAUGUCGUUCUCAAGUGUUAUUCUGUGCUAUGGUAUCAGGCUACGACAAUGUCCAUAUUCGGACAAAUAUUUCUCGGCUAGAUCAGGGUAUGAAAUUCGGAAACAGCUCUGGGGAUCGUGUCUACACCGGUUUCGCCAGCUUGCAUACUAUCCAAACACGAAUAUACAUAUGCGACCAUUUGAGUGAACUGGUCCCAGCAGCCGAGGAAUCCGUCAAUGACAUCAAACUUUGGACUCCCGGAGCGGAUGCAAUUGUGCUUGCCAUGGGCCAGUUGAAUCUCGUACGGGCCCUGGGAGGCUAUACCUACGCCGGCUCCCCGGAUACCUGCUUCGAUACCGAGAAUUUCAAAGAAAGCGAGUAUACCGAGGAAGUCCGUCACACUUCUGGCAACUUGCCUCUUACCAUGAAUUGGUACAACUCUUUCAAGGUCGUAGGUUUCUUCUGCUUAGGUUAUGUGGACCGUGCCGCGGAAUUGGGAUUUGCCGUCUACGAGACUCGUGACAAUCAUCCCAACCACCGACACGUCCGCUAUGCUCUGUUUUUCCACACGCUAUCCCUUAUCGCGUGCAUGCGUGAUACUGCAUUGCCUGUUAACAUACGAGAGAGGUACAUGAAACAGGUGGAAAAGAAUCACUCCUUCCUCAGAAAGUGGUUAUCCCCAAGUCCUGUGAAUAAUAGCGCCUGGGUAGCUCUCAUCGAUGCUGAACUAGCAUCUCUCCUCAAUCGUCCUGAUGCAUUUAAGCUCUACGACGUAGCUGUAAAGCUUGCAGUUAACAACGACUGGUUGAUGGAAGAAGCUUGGGCGUUGUAUCUGGAGGGCUCUCACUACGUCCGUUGCGGAGUUGAGGGCCUUGGAGGUGAAUUGCAGCGACGGGGUAUCUCCCGACAUUCCCAGUGGGGAGCGCAGGCCGUUGUAAACUACCUUACUUCGACCGUUGGAAGCAAGCUUGCGACGCCAUCAAAGCGCAACGUAUUCUCUUCCGAUGUGGCUGUUCAGACUGACAAUGUUAUGAUCGGGUACCGCCACCAAACUUCCGCUUCCAUCUAUGAGGCGACCAAGCAAGAUUCAUUAGACGAAGACGACGUCGCAACGCUCUCCGCAUCUGAUCUGGCGUCCAUACUCAAAUGGAGUAAGGAGAUCUCCAGUGACAUCAAUCUGACAUCUGCAUUGCAGCGCCUGACAGAAAUAGCGACGGAGUCGUCGGGUGCACAGACGGCUUGUGUCGUAAUAGCUCGGGAGGCUGGCGAUUAUACUGUUGCGACGAGUAUGGUUCCGCCAGGCCGCUGCCAAGUAUACGAGAACCCCAAGCCUAUACGGAGCAUAACGGAUCCAUUGCAGAAAGCAAUCACCCAGCAAGCACUGAACGCCAAGGAAAAUGUCUACUACGAUGAUAUUACGGUUGAUUCACGUUACACUUCUGAGGCAGAGCAGAGUCCUCACAAAUCCGUCAUAUGCAUCCCGAUUUUCAGCAACCGAGGACAAACAUUUGGAGCGGUUUACCUGGCUUCCAAAUAUCCCUUCUCGCGGAAUACGUUUACAAUGCUGACUUUGCUCUGUCAGCAAGCCAGCAUUAGUAUCGCGAAUGCUCUGCUUUUCCGGUCUGUGCAGGCAGGUACAAGGGAGAAUCUGAAGAUGAUAGCAGCACAAAGAGAUGCUUUGGAAGCGGCGCGCAAAAGCAGGGAAGACGCUCUCAAGGCCACCAAGAUCAAGAGCAAUUUCUUGGCCUCUAUGAGUCACGAGCUGCGCACCCCUUUCAGUUCCUUCUAUGGGCUGCUUGACAUCCUAAGUACUACGGAGCUCAAUGCCGGACAACAGGAGAUCGUCCAAACGGCAAAACAGUCGUGCGAACUGCUAUUGAAGAUCAUCGAUUCGAUUCUCGACUACAGCAAACUGGAAGCAUCUGCCGUAAAAUUGGAAUAUUCGGGGUUCCUGGUGGAAGACAUCAUUGCUGACUGCAUGGAGUUACUCUUACCUAUGGCUGCAAAGAAGCUUGAUCUCUCGUUCAAUAUUGAACCAGACGUUCCUCAAUCUGUUACGGCGGACUAUGCUCGUAUACGUCAAGUUCUGAUGAAUCUCAUUGGCAACGCGGUCAAGUUCACAUCGCAAGGCUCGGUGAAAGUUGUAUGUUCAGUUGACCGCAGCAUUGUUCCGCCCCCAGGUGAAGUGCAAUUGAAAUUCGUCAUACAAGAUACCGGUAUUGGCCUUUCUUCCAGCGAUGUAGACCUUCUAUUUGUACCCUUUCAACAAGCCGACAAUUCCUCCACUCGUCGUUUCGGUGGAACUGGCCUUGGCCUUUCCAUAUCAAGAGGAUUGGUCAAGCUCAUGGGCGGAGCUAUUGGCGUGCAGUCGGAGUUGGGUGUUGGCUCUGUGUUUUGGUUCACAAUCCCAGUCAGGAUAUCCGAGUCCCCUGAAUCGCGAAAGGUGCUCUCUGAAAUCAAUGAUCUCCGAAAUCGAUUAACGAAGCCGGUACCCCCACGCGUACUCCUCAGCUCUCCAUCCGACGUCACGUUGAUGCUUCUCAGCAACAUGCUUGAUGGCUUUGAAAUCGGCACUGCGACAUCAAUGGAGGAAACAGAGGAGUUUUUACGAAAUCAACAUGCUCAGGCCAAACCGCUGGACUUCGUUGUCCUUGAUGACCAGUCUGAGACACAUGCGGAUGAUUUAGCGCGCCUGAUGUCGUCCUUGCAAAGCCCAAGUCUAAGAGAGACUAAACUCAUACAUAUGUAUACGCCGACUACGGACGCCUUGACGGGCCAUACCAUCUUCAGCAGUAACACCCCUGGAGUCGUGAAGAUGACCAAGCCGCCAAGAAGGGCCCGGCUUCUGCAGACUCUCGCAAGCUUGAAGAAUUUGGUCGGUACCCCUACCGGCCAGAGUAGACAAGCUGUCACCUCGGCUGAAGAUGCGGCGCUGGCCAAGAGGACACUGUUCGGGAACGUUCUAAUCGCAGAAGAUAACCCAGUCGCUCAGAAACUACUCGUCAAGCAGUUAGAGCGAUAUGAUCUGAAAGUUACUCCGACUAGUAAUGGCGAACAGGCUAUCAGCGAGUGGGAGGCUCAUGAACCUGGCUACUUCAGCGUUGCCCUCUUCGACCACCACAUGCCCGUAUGUGACGGCGUCGAAGCCGCGAAACGACUGCGCAUGCUGGAAAGCAAGCGGAGAGUCCCAAUAACCCUCCCUAUUGUUGCGUUGAGUGCGGAUUGUCAAGAAUCUACCAAGCAGCUAUGUCUAAGCGCUGGCAUGAACUCGUUCUUGAGUAAACCUUUGAAGAAGACGGAUCUUAUGUCGCUACUUUCUAGUUACGGGACAGGGCCACCAGCUACUGGCAAAGAACAUGACCCAUAGGCUGAUGCUGUCCGCUCUCUGUCUUACGAUACCCUACCGCUUCCACUGGAUUCCCCUCACGCUCACUCCCCGACAUCACAGCCUAUCUUAUAACGCUAAUCCUCACGCCCUCUGGUCACACAGCAAACCUCAUGUCUAUUCCCUGCACUGCACGCACAUUAAUACCCUAUCUGUACGCCUAUUGAUACAUUGUUUCUGUUAGUGCAUCGCUGUAUCAUCUACAUUAUCUCAUCCCAGGAUCUACUUUAUCGCAUUUAACACUACUCGCGCUUUGCUGCUAUCGUCUGUUACUCGCUAGAUACUGUAUGUCGAUACAAAUGCGAUUUAUGUACGAGAACGCCAUCUCGCAGCUAUUAGUAUUGCGAGCGCUGCGGUGUCGGC